AUGGGUGAUUAUCACGAGUACACCGACCAGUACAAAGUACCUGUGAUAGCAAAACUAUUGCAUGCCUUGCCGCAUUACAAUAUUACAUUUCACAGAAUUAACAGCACUUUUAGACCAAACGAUGAAAUCUAUUUGGAGAGCUUGGGCAUUUUGGGCUCAGUCCCAGCAGCGUUGCUCAUCAUUUCCCUUCUGGGACUGCUUUUGUAUUUAAUGACUCGAUGUUGCGACAGAAAACCGCGACCAGCGCAUUCAAUAACGAGUCUGAAAGUUGCCCUAUCCAUCGUCACUGUGAUGUGCUGCGCAGCAAUUGGAUUGGGACUUUAUGGCAACGAUGAUCUACACAAUGGUCUCUUGGAAGUUUUAACUGCUGGUCGUAAAGUGGACAACUUAGUAACCACAAUAAGGAAUCAAACUCACAUUCUUGAGAAUACACUAAAGAACCGCAUAAGACCGCAAUUGGUAGAAUUGGCUGAUAUAUUUGAUCAACCAGUGUCUAACCAAACUGCAUUAUCUAUAUUAUUUGUUUCGCUCAAUAUUGUGCAAGGCAAUGUAACACUCGCUACUAAUGCGGCUGGUGAUAUAGGUCGACCACUAAUGGGUAUUUCCAUGACACAAUAUUUAACGCGUGGUGAUCAAUGGGAAUUGAUACGUUGGCCAGGUACUGUUGCAACUCUGGCCUUACUGCUUGUAUUGUGCGCAGUUUUACUGGUGGGCGUGGCUCGCCAUUCUCGUUGUGCACUCAUACUAUUCAGUGUUUGUGGUUUAUUGGCAGUAACCGGAUCAUGGUUAAUGUCUGGCCUCUAUUUAUCAUCCUCAGUUGCUGUUGGAGAUCUUUGCAUUAAUCCAGCUGAUUUUCUUGUAUCAGCUUCGCCUCGUGAUUUACCAACAAAUGUGUUACUUCACUACACACAAUGUGAACCUGGUCACACUAAUCCGUUUACUCAACGUUUACGCGAAUCUCAAAAUUCUUUAAACAACGCUCGCAGCGCCAUGUCUACAGUUAUGAAAAUAUCUUUGGUUCUCUUCAAAGCUUCAGGUUUACAACCGAAAUUGGGUGCCGUUAAUGCAGAUUUAAAUAGUAGCGAACGUUUGUUAACUCAAUUAACGGCUCUUGUUGAUUGUAAGGUUGUGCAUCAUAAUUUCCUUGCUGCAGCCAGAGGUCUCUGUGAGGGUGGAUUAUUGGGUUUGGUUCUGAUGCUCAUUGCUAGUUUCAUAGCUGCAAUUUUGCUCACUAUUAUGGUUUGGGUCGAUUCACAUACCUGGAUUUAUAUAAGAAAACGCAAUGACUAUGCUCAAGUUGAUGAACCGUCUUACAUAUCUCAUCCAGCUCCACAAAAUCAUCAGCAAAUGAUGAAUGCUGCGCGCACUUUGCCGCGAAAUCACAAUGGGCACUUUAGUCCACCCGUUAUAAGUGGUUCCCAUACCUUACAACAUCCCUCGAAGAGGCAGCAGCACGAAAUGAUGGCGCACGCACAUAUGCAGCAGAACAUGAGGGCUAUGGGCACUCAUACCUUAGGUAGAUUGCCAUCGCACAAUCAUAGCCCCACCCACAUGACUGGCCCUAAUAACGCCUGUAGCGAUCCCACACGAAGUCAACCGUCAACACAGCAACAGAUGCCACCACAACCGAUCUACUGUCAUCAUCCACAUCCCCAUACACAUGCAGCCGUUGCAGCAGCUGUUCAACAUCAACAUGCUAUCUAUCAUCAGCAACAACAACAGUAUGGUACCUACACAACAGCGGCACAUCAUCAGCAGCAUCACAUGGUACCGCAACAGAGCCAAAUUUAUCAGCAAAUACCAGCUCACAUCCCUGCACAACUGGCUCCAAAUGGUAACCCACAUUCCAUUUAUCAGCCAUUGGUGGCUGUAAGCCAGGGUUCUAUAUACGUUUCUAAUUUGGCUACAAUGAGACGUCAAAACUCACAGGGUCAUCCACAGAUAGCAGCUCAUCAUCAGCCGCAUCCACAUCCUCAACAUUCGCAGCCAUCACAUCAACAUCCCUUACAGCAACAGCAACAACCUCCACCACCGCAACAGCAACAGCAGCAACAACAACAACAGCAGCAACAGCAACAACCACAACAUCAACAGCAACAGCAACAACCAGUACAUCAUAUUAAAUCUCCACAAGAUACAACGGAAGUGCCGAUUUCAAGUAGCAUCGAUUCUGUUCUGUACGAACGUGACAAGCAGAUCUAUAAAUGCUCAACUCUACGUCAAGGUGGAAAAUUUGAUCCAAAAUAUAAACCAUCGAUUUUAAAUUGCCCUCUACCUGAAAUACCGAAGGAUGCCGAAACGCCUCCAGUUGAGUCUAUUUAUCAACAACAACAGAACUAUUCAAAAACUUUACAAAGACCUCCAAUGAAGAUACCACAAAUGAAGGCAAUUCCACCACCACGAAUUGGUACACCAACUUCCCCACCUCGAGCUAAUUUAAAUGGUGUUCAAAUGCAGAAUGGACCAAUACCAACAACUACAACAGUGACAACUAUUGCUCAAAAUGUCGAUUCACAUCGAACAAAUGAUGAUACAUCGCUGCCACCACCACCACCAAUGGAAACGUCAAUUUCUUCACCAAACAGUAAAGCCAAUAAUAUUAUGAAUCAUAACAACAACAACAAUAACAACAACAACAGUAAUAGCAACAAUGUGAAUAGCAACAAUGCAAUGCCAUUACAAAAUGGCAGUUCCUCUAACAACAUGGAGGAUGAUGAUGAUUUACCGCCACCUCCACCGCCAGCACUUAAUGACGAAUCCAAUUAUGCGGUGACGGAACUUUAAAAAACCACAAAAGAAUAAACAAAACAAAAAACAAUUAAACAAUUUCUUAGAAAGUUGACAAAAAGUUGACAAAAAGUUGACAAAAAAAUUGAUUGUUUUUAGGUGAAACGUAGGAAUUAAAUGUUGAUGUGUUAGCGAAUUUUAAUGCAUUUCAAGCUAUUGUUAUAUAUAUAUAAAUAAAUAAGAAAAAUAUUCUUAAUUAUUAAAAAAAUUAUUAAAAGAUUAGUUGCAGUUGCAUUCGU